AUGGAGGAGUGGUUGGACCGUUACUACAACCUGCGGAGAAGAACGGGAUACGAUCGGCCAAACUUUUUCGUCACGAACCGCGGCGAGAAGAUCGUCAAAAUUUACGACGAUGUGACGAAGAUAUUCGGCCAGAAACUGACGGCUUCCAUUUUCAGGAAAAUGGUAGAGACGUCCGGCCGCGAUCACGAUGCUGUAACGUCUGGGGCAAUCGCCCAGGCGUUACAGCACUCGGAUCGAACGGCAAACCAGUAUUACCGUCUGCCCGACGCCACCGAAGCGCUUCGGCGGAAUAAACAGAUAGAGACCGUUGACCACACGGCGUUGGUCAAGUCAUACGUUGACAAGAAUUUUGAAGAUCUGUUCCCGCUGGAACCAUACAUAAAAUUCGACGCAGAAGAAUGGCGGGCCAAGAUCCGGGACUGCCAGGCAUUUGAAGAGUACCCGUCGGCCACCAUCGAUCUGUUCUACGUGGAAAAACUUGGAGACAAAUUCUAUGGUGCCAUGUACGUACGAAGAUCAGAGAUCCUGGCAGAGGAAAUGGCGAUUGAAAAAUACACUAAAUUAAAUUAUACUGAUCACGCCGUGAUUGACAUGGCAAAAAAAAGAAAAAUCAGUCCCGAUCGUUUGACCGUUGAAGGUGUUUUUUUUACGCCUUCACCUUCCCCGGACCCAUACAAAUUUACGGACGACGACGGCUUAGAUAAGCCCGUGUUGACACAACCUGUAGCCGGGCCUUCGGGGUUGCAGAAGUCGCCCGUAGCCGGACCCUCAGGGUUGCAGAAGUCGCCCACCCCGUCCGAACAAAUUGGCUUGUUGUCUCCGCUCAGAGUCGACGACGUUGAAUGGAAGGACGUGAACGACGAUGACGACGAAGACAUCAAACCAAGGCGUCGGACGUGCGCCGAGACUUUGGCGCUGAACAAAGAUACUCUGAUAGUGAAAUAUUGUCCAAUGUGCGAAUUUAUGACGACCAGCAACAAGCUGGGUCGCCACAUGUCGAAUAAACAUUCGGACAAGAUCAGAAAACCCAAGAAGAACAAUAUAAAACGCUCAGCGUCAUGGGAGGUAUACGGAGGCUCUUGGGACCUCCCCGGAGUCCCCGUCUUCGCCAAUCCCUUCCGGGACUACAUAAUAAACGUCGACGACGUCGACGAUGUUUAUGUGGCGGACCGUUACUCUCGUUGUUUACCACCACCGGCCGCACAGCCGGUUCCACAGCCGCAGCCUCCGGUAUCGGCCACCGGAAACACACCACCGGUCUCGCAGACACCACUCGUUCCAGCCAGAGCCGAGAAACCGUCGACCACCGCCGUCCCACCCGAGCCUAGUCCCGCCAAGUGUCUUCCAACCGUGAGAAUGUUGGCUCAAAACAUGGGCCUCAACCGUCAGCUGCCGCCGAACCACCCACUGAUCGUGAUGUUUGCGAACACUUUGAAAAUGAGCCACGGUGAUGGGUCCAUGGCAGCCGAAAACUACGUGGCAAACGUCUCCCGGGUGUUGAUGCAUGUACACCAGCAUUUGGUGGACACCAGAUUCCCGCCAAGGCACUGGUCGGAUUUGGUGUCCACAGAUGUCAAGCCGUACAUGGAGUACUUCGACAAACGGGAGUCGUUGGGGCAGACAAAGGCGACCUCAAUAAACUACCUCAAAAACCUCAGGUUACUCUUCAACCACGUCAUCCACUCGUACGUCCACGAGGAUUCAACUUUUGCCAAGGGCUUCGAUCUUUCACCAUGCAUGGCCACCAUAACGAAGAUCAAGCUCUUGGACCAAAAGUUGAACCUCGUGUACCGGAAAAAAACCAAACAGCAACCGGCAGAAUUGUUCCAGCGCAUGACCGACCAGGCGAAGCAGUUGCCGGACUACGAGGACGUGGUUCGAUGCCUUUCGGUCAUCCGGGAGGGCAUCGAGAGUAACCUGGGCGAGCUGGAACGCACGUUCACUGCGACGGUUGGGACGAUCACCGUUCGCAGUGAAAAGAACAGCGGUCCAGCUGAGAAGAAGGUAAAUAUCGGGGUUGUGGAGGAGGACGACGGCGGCUCUGGCCAUACAAAUCCUGUGGACGACUAA